AUUGGCUCCAUUUAGUCUGAUCUCAUUUCAAUCUCUGUCUCAUGCCUUUUGGAAAUUUACCCUUUUGUCCUUGGGCAUCCACGUUUACCAGUUUGUCGCUGCCAGUCUGUUCUGCUCAGUCCCAGCCCUUGUUUGCCCAGCCAUUGUUUUGGACCAUCCGGUCUUCAUCUCUGGUGGAAAAUUCCUUUUGUUCAUGGAGACCACAUGCACUCACCUGCUGCCUCAUCGAUUGAAUUUAGUAAAAGAACUUUUGUUAGUUAGGCUAAAGGUUUUUUUUGGAAUCUUUCUCGUACAAGCCGAAGUAAAAGCUUUUAUUUAACUUUGAUCUCGGCUUUGAGUGUCUGUUUUUGAGAAGACAUGGCAGAAAUGACUAACUAAACUAAUUUCUGAAUGAACUGGGAGGCUAUUUGUCCAGGCCUUACUUCUGGCUCAUUCUCAGAGGUCAAUAACUAGCUCUGUGUAACUUUCAGUAAAGCAACAAAACGUCCAUAAAGUGAGCCUUUUUUCCAGCAAGUAAAUGGGUGUGCUUUCUAGAAGCCAAUAUCAAUAUUGACAGUGGGGGGACGUCCUGUGGCCCAGGCCUGCAGCUUCCACAGCAGGCUGGUUUUCCAACAGUCCCUGCUUUGUGUUACUACCCACUGCAACAGCCACCACACUACAACUUCUCCAGGAGCCUUGUAUGUAAAGUUUCACUUUCUUUCACUAGAAAAUCUGAGCUGUAUUCAGUCAGAAAUUUGUAUUUGGUCAGCUUCUGUUAUGCAGGUGAGAUUUGAAACAUGUUUCCUACUGUGCUGACUCAUUUUGCAAGAAUAUGCUGCAGUUUUAAUUAUUGGGAUGAAAUUUGUUUGUAUCAAUAACCUUAUUAUUCAAAUUAACCUGCCGCUUUAUAUGAAGAAUGACACCUAUGGGAGACUUACCUGACAAAGUGGCAUAAGUUUUCUGUUCCACCAAUAUCUACAGAAUUCUUGCUUGGAGCUGAACUUCUGAUGAUGAAAAUGCUGUCUCGGGUCUGUCUCAUCGCAGUUCUGCUAGCAUGCUAUGUCUUGUUAAGUUGUGCUUUAGAACAUGGAAAGAGGGAAGCUGAAGACUUGCAAAGCCCUGACAGGAAUUCUGGUGGUAACCCUAAAGCAGCGACUCUGAUGAAGAAGGUCAAGAAGACAGGAAGCAAGAGAGCUUCAGUGAAACCGAAGAGUGACAUCAGCUGCACCAAACUGGGAGGCAUCUGCCAGCCUUACCGAUACAUCUGCCAAGGCAGAUACCUGAAAGACAAGUGUUCGGGGGCAAAGACACGGCAGUGUUGUAUGCCAGUUGGAGCCUGGAGUAUCUUUUGUGCUGGUCACCACAACAACCGAGUGAGGGCGUGUGAUGCGCAUGGCUGUGGAGCUUUCAACUCCGGAAGAGGUAAUAACCUCCAUAAAGCAGUGGACCUGGUGUGUGAUGACUACAGUAUUGUCAAUGCUCCAUUCUCAGGCUAUCUCGCAGGUCCAGUGAGUCGGAAAGACCCCAGUGGGAAUCAGUAUGAUGGGGUCAAACUUCUCAAUGAUGUGUACUGUGUUAAGAUCUUCAACAUCCGUCCUUACCGUUACAUUGGCCCAGUGGAUCAGGGAGAAGCCUUGGGUUAUCUGUUGCCACUUCAGGAACGCUUCUCCGGCAUCACAUCACACCUGCAGCUGCAAAUGUGCGACCACACUGACCCUUCACCCUUCAUAUGAACCCUAUGCUUUCAUCUUUAAUACAGUUGUGACAUUUCGUAUGACCCCCUCCUCACUCAAAUUACCCUUGAACUUUCACCUUUAAUAUGACUUCUGACUUGCAUCUUUCAUGAAAUCUGUUACCUCUUACCUUUUGAAACGCUUAAACAUUUGACCCAUGAUGUAAUCACUCAUGCCUAAAAAUGAUGAUGAGCGCUGACUUUUGUGCAUGAACAUAUUUGAAAAAAUGAUCUACAGCUCGGGCGUCACGAUGGCGCAGUGGUUAGCACUGUCGCCUCAUAGCAAGAGGGUUCCAGGUUUGAAUCCCGGUCUGGGCCCUUCUAUGUGGAGUUUGCAUGUUCUCCCUGUGCCUGCGUGGGUUUUCUCCGGUCCCAGUCCAGGGUAUACCCUGCCUCUCGCCUGUCGUCAGCUGGGAUAGGCUCCAGCUCCCCCGCGACCCUGACGGAUAAGUGGUAUAGAAAAUGGAUGGAUGGCUGGAUUUACAGCUAUUGACACAAGUUUUCAUAUCAUUUCUAAAAUCUGGCCUAUGACUCAAGACUCCCAAUUCUUUAUCCUGAACAGAAUAUAACCCUACAAAACUGUGGUCUCCGUACUGACAGCAUUUUAAAAAUCAGUGUCUCACAUUAUGGGAACCACAGUUUUUCCCCUAAUGUCAGGACAUCAUUCUUACAAACACAUUAUAGCCAGCUUUUGUGCGACUGAUGAUCUGUAUGUAUAUCCCCAUUUUUUUUAAACUUUUGUUAUCUUUUUUGAUUAUCAUUUUUCCACUAAAUGCCAUGUUUUAUCAUAAAUAUUACUGAAAAACUUAUUAAGACUCUUGCAUACUUUUUCCUUCUCUUUUCUCAUGAAACAUGCUCCAUCUCUCAACAUGGACAUGAAAUAUGAUUUGUUUUACAUAAUCUGUUUAUAUUUGAAUG